CCCCCCCCGCCUCCCCCGCGCCCGCGGCGGCGGCGGCGGCGGCGGCGGCGGCCGGAGCCCGGAUGCGGCGGCGUGCGACGGCUCGGGAGGGCGGCGCGGAUGGAUCCAACAUGGCGGCGCCGAGCCUGAGCCGAGAGAAGAGACCUGGGAAAUUAAGUUUCUUGCAAAGUGUAGCGGGGCCCGCGGCCGCCGAGCGGGGACUCUGGACCGCGCCGCGCACCUGAGCCCCCGGCAUGGCGGGCCUGAAGCGGCGGGCCGGCCAGGUGUGGCCCGAAGAACGCGGCGAGCAGGAGCACGGGCUCUAUAGCCUGCACCGCAUGUUUGACAUCGUGGGCGCCCACCUGACACACAGGGACGUGCGCGUCCUUUCCUUCCUCUUUGUCGACGUCAUCGAUGACCACGAGCGUGGCCUCAUCCGAAACGGACGUGACUUCUUGCUGGCGUUGGAGCGCCAGGGCCGCUGUGAUGAGAGUAACUUCCGCCAGGUGCUGCAGCUGCUGCGUAUCAUCACUCGCCACGACCUGCUGCCCUACGUCACCCUCAAGAGGAGACGGGCCGUGUGCCCCGAUCUUGUAGACAAGUAUCUGGAGGAGACGUCAAUUCGCUACGUGACCCCCAGAGCCCUCAGCGAUCCAGAACCGAGGCCUCCCCAAUCCCCUAAAACAGUGCCUCCCCACUAUCCUGUGGUGUGCUGCCCCACUUCGGGCCCUCAGAUGUGUAGCAAGCGGCCAGCUCGAGGGAGAGCCACACUCGGGAGCCAGCGAAAACGCCGGAAGUCAGUAACACCAGAUCCCAAGGAAAAGCAGACAUGUGACAUCAGACUGCGGGUUCGGGCCGAAUACUGCCAGCACGAGACCGCUCUGCAAGGCAACGUGUUCUCGAACAAGCAGGACCCACUGGAGCGGCAGUUUGAGCGCUUCAACCAGGCCAACACCAUCCUCAAGUCCCGGGACCUGGGCUCCAUCAUCUGUGACAUCAAGUUCUCCGAGCUCACCUACCUCGACGCCUUCUGGCGCGACUACAUCAACGGUUCGCUACUAGAGGCGCUCAAAGGUGUCUUUAUCACAGACUCCCUCAAGCAGGCUGUGGGCCACGAAGCCAUCAAGCUGCUGGUGAAUGUGGACGAGGAGGACUACGAGCUGGGCCGGCAGAAACUCCUGAGGAACUUGAUGCUGCAGGCACUGCCCUGACCUUUCCCCUCUCACCUCUCACCUCUCGGGGGACUGCUCCCCCCCCGCCCACCUCUGGAGCUCACAUACUGUUCUGGGGUUUGUUCUCUACCCUUCCGACCAAUCACACCCCUGCCUUUUUUUUUUUUUUUUUUUUAAAGGAAAAGACAAAGGAAAAUGGAAGCGGUGUUCCCCACCCCUCCCUGCACCCACGUGCCUGGGCUUCCCCUCUGUUUCCCUUUCCCACGUCCCCUCCUCCUGAUGUGCGUCUACAGCCACCUUGCCACUGAGCCGUAAGACAAACGUAGAGGGAGAAGCAAAGUCUAUAGAACAUAGUCUUUGUAGGGGAUCGAAGUGAACACUGCUUCCGGGUGCAUUGCGGGGUCAUCAGUACUUCUGGCUUUCUGAGGGCUCUUAAAUUUUGUCUGCAAAAACCAAAGGGCUGAGUGAGGGAGCUGUGUGGAAGGUGGGACUCUGAAGCAUAUUUUGGAAACUAAUCACCACCCUCUCCCAAAUUAUAGAAUUUUUAAAAAACAAAGAAGCUGUGGCCCUUUCCACUCUCUGCCGGCCUCUGGUGCUGCUCCUCUCUGCCUCGUUUUCCUCCAUUCCAUGGCUUGAAACCUCUGCCUGGUGUGGCGCCUUCCUUUUCCCCCUUUGGUCAAACCCUCCGAAAGGGAGUCUGAGGUAAGAGGACUAGGCCAGCCUAGUUCCCUGCUCCCGCACAGGGCGGAUGGCAAAGGGGUUGCUGAUAAAAAUACACUCCCCCUGGAAAGGGGAAGGGGGAGUGUGAGACUUCCCUUCCAUGUUCAAGUGAAAAUAAAUCAUGUACCCUGCA